AACGUGCCAUUGGAACACAGGAGUAAUGGUUGCUGAUAAUGGGCCUCUGUACUCCUGUGUAGAUAUUCUAUUACAAAAUCAGUAGUUUCUAGCUGCAAUAGUCAUUUACAUUAGCAAUGUCUACACUGUAUUUCUGAUCAAUUGUUAUUUUAAUGGGCAAAAAAAAGCUUUACUUUCAAAAACAAGAACAUUUCUAAGUGACCGCAAACUUUUGAAUGGAGAUGUGUAUAUAUAUAUAUAUAUAUAUAAAUAUCACACACACACACAUUAUUGGACUACCCUCUGUCCCCCAGGUUUCAGAAACAAAGGCAGAUAGCCUUGGUAUUUCACAAGAUGCAGCUUCUGUUAUGCCCCGACUGACUGGGGGUGGCAGUAGCGAGCAGCACCGUAGUUUGCUUGAUGGUGAAGUCUGAGCCGACGAAGCAAAGUCAAGUAGCAAAGAUGGCGGUAUCGGUGUUUCCUUGUGUGCGGUUGCGGUCCAUCGGGGACGCGAACGGAGAGAUCCAGCGACACUCCGAGCAACAGCCCCUGAGGUUGGAGGUUAAAAGCACCCCAGACACGGCUCUCCUAAAUCUCUCCAAUAGCGAUGAGACAUCAGUCUUCAAGUGUUCGUUGUCCAGGGAAACGGAAUGCAGUCGUGUGGGGAAACAGUCAUUCAUCAUCACACUGGGCUGCAACAGUGUCCUGCUACAGUUCUCCACACCUGCAGAGUUUACUUCCUUCUAUAACAUUCUGAAGAGUUGCCGGGGCCACAAUGCAGAACACUCCGUCUUCAGUGACAGGACAGAAGAGUCCUCUGCCGUGCAAUACUUUCAGUUCUAUGGCUAUCUCUCUCAGCAGCAGAACAUGAUGCAGGACUAUGUUCGGACCGGAACCUACCAACGUGCCAUCCUUCAGAACCACGGUGACUUUAAGGACAAGGUGGUGUUAGAUGUGGGCUGUGGUUCAGGUAUUCUGUCGUUCUUUGCGGCGCAGGCCGGAGCAAGGAAGGUCUACGCUGUGGAGGCUAGCACCAUGGCCCAGCACGCAGAGGUGCUGGGAGAUGAGGGAGGGAGAGAGGAGGAUGCUGGAGAGUUACCUACACGCCAGAAGUUCCUCAAACCCAACGGUAACAUGUUCCCCACUCUAGGUGACGUCCACCUGGCUCCCUUCACAGACGAACAGUUAUACAUGGAACAGUUCACCAAGGCCAACUUCUGGUAUCAGCCAUCGUUCCAUGGUGUUGAUCUGUCAUCGCUGAGAGAAGCUGCAGUAGACGAGUACUUCAGACAACCCAUUGUGGACACCUUUGAUAUCCGUAUCCUCAUGUCCAAGUCUGUCAAAUACACCGUCAACUUCCUGGACGCGAAAGAGGGGGAUCUGCACAGGAUGGAGAUUCCCUUUAAGUUCCACAUGAUGACGUCAGGUCUGGUCCAUGGUCUGGCCUUCUGGUUUGACGUGGCUUUCAUCGGCUCAGCGGUAACAGUGUGGCUCUCCACCUCUCCUACGGAGCCUCUGACCCACUGGUACCAGGUCCGCUGUCUGCUCCAGUCCCCUCUCUUCACCAAGGCAGGAGACACCCUGUCUGGCACUGCAACGCUCAUCGCUAACAAGAGACAGAGCUAUGACAUCAGUAUGGUGGCCCAGGUGGACCAGACAGGAAGCAAGUCUAGCAACCUGCUGGAUCUCAAGAACCCCUUCUUCAGGUACACAGGCAGCACGUCAGCCCCGCCCCCAGGCUCUCACUACUCCUCCCCCUCAGAGAACAUGUGGAGCAAUGGAGGAGUCUACAACAUGAACCAGGGAGGGAUGCCUGCCGUGUAUGACCUCAGUACGGUCAUCGGUGGCGGCGGCUCCACCGUGUCUCACAACAAUCUCAUCCCUCUUGUGAACACAGGGGUAGUGAACCAUACAUCUUCUAGAGUUGGGUCUAUCAUGAGUACAGGCGUGGGCCAGGGAGUGACAACUGGACAAUCGGGGCCCGGCAACAGUCCUCAAUACCCAAUCAACAACAGCCAGUUCACCAUGGGCGGGCCUUCCAUCUCCAUGUCGUCUCCCAUGGCGAUGCCUAGCAACACUAUGCACUACGGGAGCUAAGACCUACCAACCGUCCAUAGCUCCCCCACCCCCCUCUUCUCUCCUACCCCCCCUCUUCUCUCCCACCCCCCCUCCUGGAAGGAAACCAAACUGGACUGAUAAUAUGGACGUGCCUCUCCUCCCUUCACCCCUCCGUUCUCUGGUUCCUGAUGUCUCCGGCCCAGUCCAGAAACAACUACACACUGAAAGGGUUGGAUAGGUUUAGGGCUGUCAAAUGUCCAGGUUCUCCAUUCUGGUUGGAGGAUUUCUGAUGUCCUACUUGUUCUGUCUGGAUUGCAACCGUUGAUGGUUUAAGUAAUGUUGCCUCAACACAUCCCCAUGAUCUCAACACAUCCCCAUGACCCCAACACAUCCCCGUGAUCUCAACACAUCCCCGUGACCUCAACACAUCCCCAUGACCUCAACACAUCCCCGUGACCUCAACACAUCCCCGUGACCUCAACACAUCCCCGUGACCUCAACACAUCCCCGUGACCUCAACACAUCCCCGUGACCUCAACACAUCCCCGUGACCUCAACACAUCCCCGUGACCUCAACACAUCCCCGUGACCUCAACACAUCCCCGUGACCUCAACACAUCCCCUUGACCUCAACACAUCCUCAACACAUCCCCUUGACCUCAACACAUCCCCAUGACCUCAACACAUCCCCUUGACCUCAACACAUCCCCGUGACCUCAACACAUCCCCGUGACCUCAACACAUCCCCGUGACCUCAACACAUCCCCGUGACCUCAACACAUCCCCUUGACCUCAACACAUCCCCUUGACCUCAACACAUCCUCAACACAUCCCCAUGACCUCAACACAUCCCCAUGACCUCAACACAUCCCCAUGACCUCAACACAUCCCCAUGACCUCAACACAUUCUGAGGCAGAGUGAAAGGUGUGUGCUUGUAACCAUUCUGUUUUAUGUAUUCACAACCCACAUAGAAACAUUUAGAAGGAUCUUAUGUACUUACUGUGGCUAUGGGGGUUUAGAAACGUACACACACAGUUGUAUUAUACACACACACACACACACACAGUUGUAUUAUACACACACACACACACACACACAGUUGUAUUAUACACACACACACACACACAGUUGUAUUAUACACACACACACACACACACACACACAGUUGUAUUAUAUACACACACACACACACAGUUGUAUUAUACACACACACACACACACAGUUGUAUUAUACACACACACACACACACAGUUGUAUUAUACACACACACACACACACAGUUGUAUUAUAUACACACACACACACACAGUUGUAUUAUAUACACACACACACACACAGUUGUAUUAUAUACACACACACACACACAGUUGUAUUAUAUACACACACACACACACAGUUGUAUUAUAUACACACACACACACACACAGUUGUAUUAUAUACACACAUACACGCACACACAGUUGUAUUAUAUACACACACAAACACAGUUGUAUUAUAUACACACACACACACAGUUGUAUUAUAUACACACACACACACACAGUUGUAUUAUAUACACACACACACACACACAGUUGUAUUAUACACACACACACACACACACAGUUGUAUUAUACACACACACACACAGUUGUAUUAUACACACACACACACACAAAGUUGUAUUAUACACACACACAAAGUUGUAUUAUACACACACACAGAGCCUCCUGCAGGACAGAAAGGACUUUGAGCUUCUGUGAAGUUUUAUCAGUCACUCCCAUCUUCCCCAGCCCGUCGCUUGUGACCCAACGUCCCGAUCAAUAAAUUCCUGAAUCCUAACCUUUCA